GCUGGGGGCGGGGCCAGGCUGCUCUCGCUAUAAAUAUUCAUGAAGCGCGGCGGCCGAAGCGGCGCUGCCGGGGCCGGAGAGCGAGAACUUGCGGAGGAGUCGCCGUGCUCGACCCGCGGCUCAGGUGGCGCGACCGCGGCCGGGGCUGCGGCAGCCGGAGGAGGCGCAGAGCGAGCACCGCCCGACUGGCGCUUGCCCGUGGAGCCGAGCGCUCCGGCGAGCGGUACGAGGAGCCGCUCCGGCCGCCCCGGCCCCGCCGCUGCCCGCCCGCUCGGGGCGGUGGGAGCCCGGCGCCGCGGGGCACACCGCCCGCUCCCCGGGACGCCUCAGCCGUCUCCGCCGCGCCGGGGCUGAGGGCGAAACUUCUGCACCACCGCCACUGCCCCGUGCCCGGCCGGCGCUGGAGCAGCGGCGAGAGGAGUGGCGGCACCCCCUGCGCACCCGGCCCCGCGAGGAGCGAUGCGGCGGCGGCUGAGGGGCCUCCUGUGAGCGAAUCCCCUUCCUCCGGCGCCGAGCGGGGGAUCGCCGGCGGCUCCCGCUCACCGGGUGCCCGCGGGGCCGCCUCCCUACUGGGCGACGGAGCCCCGCGGGGGCUGCGAGACCUCUUCACCUGCGAGCGGCACGGAGGGGGCCGCCCUGCGCCCCCCAGAGGGGUAGCCGGGGCCGGGGGGUGCUGUGGCGCCGCGCUCCCCGCGGCUGCUGAGCGGGACGGGAGAGGAGCCGGGGCCGCCGCCCCCGCGCCGCCGAGCAUGGAGUGGAGUUACCUGUUGGAAAUCACCUCGCUGCUCGCCGCCUUGUCCCUGCUGCAGCGCGCCGGCUGCGCCGCCGCCUCGGCCGCCGCCGCCGCGUCCUCCUCCUCGGCUAAGGAGCUGUCGUGCCAGGAGAUCACCGUACCCCUCUGCAAGGGCAUCGGCUACAACUACACCUACAUGCCCAACCAGUUCAACCACGACACGCAGGACGAGGCCGGGCUGGAAGUGCACCAGUUCUGGCCGCUGGUGGAGAUCCAGUGCUCCAGUGACCUGCGCUUCUUCCUCUGCAGCAUGUACACCCCCAUCUGCCUGGAGGACUACAAGAAGCCGCUGCCGCCCUGCCGCAGCGUCUGCGAGCGGGCCAAGGCCGGCUGCGCCCCGCUCAUGCGCCAGUACGGCUUCGCGUGGCCCGACAGGAUGCGCUGCGACCGCCUCCCCGAGCAGGGCAGCCCGGACACGCUCUGCAUGGACUACAACCGCACGGACCUCACCACGGCCGCCCCGCCGCCCGCCAAGCCCCCGCUCCGUGGCGCCAAACCCGGCAGCCCCGCCAAGGCGCCCCCCGCCGCCGCCGCCCCGCCGGCCGAGGCCCCGCGCAAGCCGCGGCCGCCGCCGCCCUGCGAGCCGGGCUGCCAGUGCCGGGCGCCCAUGGUGUCGGUGUCCAGCGAGCGGCACCCGCUCUACAACCGCGUCAAGACGGGGCAGAUCGCCAACUGCGCCCUACCCUGCCACAACCCCUAUUUCAGCCCCGACGAGCGCGCCUUCACCGCCUUCUGGAUCGGGCUCUGGUCCGUGCUCUGCUUCCUCUCCACCUUCGCCACCGUCUCCACCUUCCUCAUCGACAUGGAGCGCUUCAAGUACCCCGAGCGCCCCAUCAUCUUCCUGGCCGCCUGCUACCUCUUCGUCUCGUUGGGCUACCUGGUGCGGCUGGUGGCGGGGCACGAGAAGGUGGCGUGCAGCGGCGGGGCGGGCGCGGGCGGCGCGGGGGCCGGGGCUGCGGGGGCCGGCGGCGGCGCGGCGGCGGGGGCGGCGGCGGCGGGGGGGCGCGGCGCGGCGGGCGGCGCGGCCGAGCUGCAGCCCGAGCUGGCGGUGGCCGAGCACGUGCGGUACGAGAGCACUGGCCCGGCGCUGUGCACCGUGGUCUUCCUGCUCGUCUACUUCUUCGGCAUGGCCAGCUCCAUCUGGUGGGUCAUCCUCUCCCUCACCUGGUUCCUGGCCGCCGGCAUGAAGUGGGGCAACGAGGCCAUCGCUGGCUACGCGCAGUAUUUCCACCUGGCCGCCUGGCUGCUCCCCAGUGUCAAGUCCAUCGCUGUGCUGGCGCUCAGUUCUGUGGACGGGGACCCCGUGGCUGGCAUCUGCUACGUGGGCAACCAGAGCCUGGAGAACUUACGGGGCUUCGUGCUGGCACCGCUGCUCAUCUACUUGGCCAUUGGCUCCAUGUUCCUGCUCGCUGGCUUCGUCUCGCUGUUCCGCAUCCGCAGUGUCAUCAAACAGCAGGGUGGCCCCACCAAGACCCACAAGCUGGAGAAACUGAUGAUACGCCUGGGACUCUUCACCGUGCUCUACACUGUGCCAGCUGCCAGCGUGGUCGCCUGCCUCUUCUACGAGCAGCACAACCGGCCACGCUGGGAGGCCACGCACAACUGCCCCUGCCUGCGUGACCAGCAGCCUGACCAGGCCCGCCGCCCUGACUAUGCUGUCUUCAUGCUCAAGUACUUCAUGUGCCUCGUGGUGGGCAUCACCUCCGGUGUCUGGGUCUGGUCUGGCAAGACCCUUGAGUCCUGGAGGGCCCUCUGCACUCGCUGUUGCUGGGCCAGCAAAGGUGCUGCCGUGGCUGGGAGCGCAGGGGCAGGAACAGGUGGGCAGGCAGCAAUCACUGCAGCAGGAGGACUUGGGGCUGGAGGUGGUGGCUCACUCUACAGUGAUGUUAGUACUGGCCUGACAUGGAGAUCAGGCACUGCCAGCUCUGUCUCCUAUCCCAAGCAGAUGCCCCUGUCUCAAGUAUGAGGAGGAGGAAAGAGGCCAAAGGUUAGGGAAUGAGGGACACUGGCCUGCCUAAAAUGCCCCCUCACUGUUUGGUGCCAUUAAUGAACCCCUAAUGGUCCUUAUUAGCCACAGCUUGUAUAGAACAAUGCAGCUGGCAGAGGCCCCAGGCUCCAGCCCCCUCCUCCUUCCCCUCCAUUCAUAUGCAGGGAGCAUGUACUUCAAGGAGCCAGCUUAUUAUUUUGCUGGCAGAGGAGGGUAGAGGCUCACCCCUGUCUUACAGAGGGCAAGGCACAGCGGCUUCUGAGUCACUCUGGACUAACAGCAGCUCUUUACUCAAGGGAGGGAAGGUCUUCCUCCCCCCCCAUACCGAGGUGGAAGUCUGCUGGGACUGCAGGUUUUUGGGAUGUUGAUGACCAGGCAAAUGCCUUAUACUAUAGACUGAAACAAAACAUGUCUUAAUUAUACACCCCAGCUAAAUACGGGUUUCCUACAUUAAAGGAUGUAUUUAUAUAAUUAUUUGUUACCUUGUACAGAUGUGUAAAAUAUGUAUAUAUCCAAAGCUAUACAGUCUGUAAAUUUUUUUGUAAAAAUGUUUAGAGGCUACCCCUGUAAGAGCAAAUAUGAGUAUUCUAUUUUGUCAAUAAAAUGACUUUUGAUAAAUGA